AUGUACUCUUCUCUUUUUCUCACACUCAUUUCUAUCCCCACUCUUUUCACCUUAUCUGCGGUAGCCUUACCGCAGGACCCUUCCGCACUCACUGGUGCAGAUUCUAAGGGCCUUCUCACAUGUAUCGAAAAGGCUCUGGGGUCGAACAGUGCGAACCGAAUCAUCACCCCCUCCAGUGAUCAGUAUCUUUCUGCCCGGACGGGUGCCGUCUUGGUCGACCAGUUCCCAGCACUGGUCGUGUACGUCAACAAACUCAACGAGAUCAGCCCGCUGGUCAAGUGCGGCGUCGCGAAUGGAUUCAAGAUUGCUCCUCGCUCUGGAGCACACAACUUCGAGAACUGGUCCGCACUGACCGGCUCGCUUGUCAUCGACAUUUCCAAUAUGAACUAUAUUCUGCCGUCCAAGGAUCUCAAUACCGCCACUGUUGGUGGCGGUACUAGACUCGGCGCUCUAUACAGUGUCCUAGGCACCUAUGGCACUACAUUCGCAGGAGGAAUUUGCCCAUCGGUCGGCGUCGGUGGCUACCUUAACGCAGGGGGCUACAACAUGCAGAUGAGGACCAAGGGUCUGGCUGUCGACCACAUCGAGUCCGCCAGAAUAAUUCUCGCAAACGGCGACUUGGUCGAUGUAUCCGCGACCUCGAACGCAGACCUAUGGUACGCCAUACGCGGCGGUGGCACAUUCGGCAUCACAGCCGAAGUUGUUGUCAAGACGGAAAACCUGCCCCGCUCAGCAAUGUUCUCGAUGAACUUUGGCAGAGAAACUCGUCUCGAAGUGAUGCAAAAGUUUCAGGACUGGGCGUCCCGACAAGACCCUCUCUUCAACUCGCAGCUGAACUUGUACUCAGACCGUAUCAACGUGCUGGGAUGGUACCUGGGCAAGAGCAAAGAUGAAUUGUCUGCCAUUGUUGCAACGUCGGGCUUCUUGGACGUGGCGGGUGGCGAUAUCAAGAUCAGCGGAAACUGUAGCACGGCGAACUCACGCAACUACUGGCUCUACCUGCAAGACACGUGCACAGACGACGCAACGGCCGACGAUAUCUUCCUAUCCAUGCACAACACGGCGCCUGACGCCCUCACGCCUGUCCAAACGAACGGACUUGUGAAUGCGCUUAGUCAGGUCCCCGCGCUGCCUAACGUAGCGCGAGCAACGAGAUGGAGCCGCGCCAAUAUCAAGGUCAAGACGCUGUUCGAGAUGAAUGACAAGCCGCUCAGUCCCGCUGAUGUCAAAUGGUUGAUUGACGAGACGGGCAAGUUGUCGAUGGAUGUCGGUUUCUGGGCUGAGAUCACCACGUUCAACAUCAGUGCCAAAGCGACGACGAGCGCAUUUCCGUGGCAAGGCCGAGCCAAGACAUUGUUCAGAUUGCAGGUCAACAAUGGACUGACCGAUAACGCGGUCCAAGCCGAGGCGGACGAUUUUAUCAAGAGCGUCGAGACGUACCUUCGUCCGAAGAUUGGCGACGCCAGUUACGCCGGAUACGUUGACAAAGACAUUUCCGUCAACCCCUACAAGGCGUACUACGGAGACAGCGUUUGCAGAUUGGUGCGUGCGAAGAAGGAAUUCGAUCCGGCGAACAUCUUCUCCAACCCUUUCUCCGUGGGGCCCACGGCGCCGCAGGGUUACACUUGCUGA